CGCGGUCGCGGCUGCCGCACUACUUCCGGGUGAUGGCGUCCGUUGCCGUGGAGACAGGAGGACUAUGGAGACCGCGCUGAUCCCAAGUUUCUCGGUAUCUUAAUCGCGGGAUUUCGGUAUCAUACCCUGCCGAGGGGACAGGACAGGUUUGGACAGACUGGUUUCCCCACAAUGGCGAUCUAUGAAGUCUACUCUCACCCGGUACUUGUCAGAUACAGAACUAGCAUCUGCUCCAAAGCCACCCUGUUUCUCCUCGUAGCCCUGGCACUAACCUACAUUCCACCCUUACUAGUUGCCUAUCGCAGCCAAGGCUUCUGGUUGCAGCAAAGUACGUAUGAAGAACAGCCCAACGUCCGGUUCCGCUAUGAGGUUUUACUGAUCGCCAUAAACAGCGCCGGUGGGGAUUACAUCGCUUGGAGCACUUUUCAAGAAUUUAACAGCUUAAUAGGGGGAAGACUCCGGUUGCCCCAAGUGACGGCUCGAGAGGAGGACCGAAACCAAGACGGUAAAAUGGACCAGCUGUAUUUCAGUCUGGAGCUUCCCUUACUAUCAACAGAGGAGGUGUACGGAGUGCACCUUAUUCUAACGUUCUCAUACCAGCUGUAUAGGAUGUCGACGUUUGUGAUGCAGAGCAUGGCGUUCAUUCAGCACUCCUCUCCCGUUCCCGGGGCCCAGCUGUACAUCAGCGGGGACCUGCGGCUUCAGCAGAGGCAGCCGCUGAGUCACCAAGGACUGGAUGCCACAUACAAUGUGUCGGUCAUUAACGGAAGCAGCCCUUUUGCAAGUGCCUAUGAUCUCACAAACAUAGUAUCCGCUUAUCAGGAGAGGAACGUGACCACAGUCCUGAGCAAUCCUAGCCCAGUCUGGCUUGUUGGAAGAGGCGCGUCUGAUCCGUUUGUGGUAAACGCCAUCAUCCGAUACCCUGUGGAGACCAUUUCAUAUCCUCCUGGCUUCUGGGAGAUGAUCAAAUACGCCUGGAUUCAGUAUGUCAGCGUCCUGCUCAUAUUCCUGUGGGUCUUCGAGAGGGUCAAAAUCUUCGUAUUUCAGAACCAAGUUUUCAGCACGGUCGCCGUUCCUCUGCAAUCUUCAUUCAAGCAGCACCAGAGCUGAGCCGACACCUUAUCGCCCGGUGCACGUUGGCGCUACGUGUGAUUACAGGUGCCACCGCAGGAGUAGCCGCUGCUUAGAGUGCUGCCAUCAUUACCCAGGGGUGGUACGCCCGCAUUGUGUUACGCCGGCUGUAAGUUUCUGAGCAGCUCAACCUGCUAGAUUGUUUUGCACCGUUUUUAUAUUAAAUAUAUAUUUUUUGAAACCA